AUGUCGCGACUUGAGGUCAAGCGACAGGGAAAUAUCGAGAAGCGAGGGGCGUCCGACUGGUUCUCACCGAAGCGAUGCACCCUCACGUCUCAAUCUGCCUUGCGGCAUUCUCGCCCUGUCUCCCCCAGCUCCCGACUCCCUCAAACUGUCGCCGAUCAAGCGCGAGGAGAUCUCCCUCCAGACCCUGCGCCAGAGCUUGAGCCUGAGGAGGGUAACAGUGAAGAAGGAGUCUUGGAGUCCGAGUCCGCAGAUCCUGCUCAGCCCGCCUCGCCGACAGCGCUUGCCCCACGUCAGCAGUCCCUGACAGGCCGCUCGAGCACUCGCUCCUCCCGAAGUUUGACCAGCAGAGGGCCACCACAGCCGCCUCCGCCCCCGCAACGUCCUCCGUCCCCCCCGACAACGAUAAUGUUGUCCCCUGCAGCCGUCCCCGACAAGGAGACGUUGAAACUCCUCCUCCCACUCCGAUACGACGGCAAAACCGUCAUCGAGUGCAACCGGUUCCUAUCACAGCUGCGCAUCUACUGGCUGAUCAACACAUCGUUGACCACCAUUGAGCUUAAGGUACAGGUCGCACUAAGCCUGCUCGAUGGAGACGCUCGCGCCUGGGCCACUCCUUACUUCACCCAGCUCGUGUUGGUGCAGAUAGGAGUGCAAGGGGCCACAACCCCAUUCGCGAACGAAGCGGCCUUUGCCGCCGCCUUCAGGGCCCGCUUCGGAAAUCUCGACGACGAGGCGGCAGCACAAGUAGAGCUGGCGAAGCUCUGCGCGGACAAGUCGGUCCGUGAAAAACGCACCGCUGCGGAGUUCUCCGCGCUGUUCAAGGGUCCGGCGGAUCGCUCUGGGUAUGGGGACCUGGAGCUACGCGACAAGUACCUGAGCGGCAUCCCCUCCCGUGUGUACCGGAAGAUCGAGCUCGAGACCUUCACCACGUGGCAAGCAGCUGAGAAGCGCGCCACUGAGUCACACGCAGCUUCGGCCAGCAUCAAUGCGGCCGUUGGAAAAUGCAACUUCCCCGGCACAUGCUUCGGCUGUGGGAAGCAAGGGUACCGACGAUUUGAGUGCCCCAAUUGUAAGGACAAACCUUACACAAAACGCGCCGACGCGCGGGCUACGGUUGCCUCGGGCUCCACCCAGGCUGCGACAAGCGCCCCCAUCACAACGACACCCUCGGCAAGUAUAAGUGCCGCUUCAGCGAAAUCCGAGCAAUCGGAGCUGGCGGACUUAAUGGCACAGGUGAAGUCGAUGCGCGAGGAGCUCGAGCACUAUCGGGCGAUGAAGGAGGAGGGUUUUUGA